CAUACUAUGAUACAGGAAAAGGUCUACUGUUUACGCUGGAAACCGCUACACUCAUAACCUUGUAUUUGCUGAUUGAUUCAGAUAUUUUUCAAAUUGGAUACACCCGAAUAGAUAUCACAAGAAUGGGAAAAUUCGCCGACAUAUAUCAAUAUGACCUUUUCUCUUCUUCUGGUAUGCCACCAACACCAUCAUCGUCAUCGUCAUCGUCACUACCGCAGCAACAUCAACAGCAAGAGGAAGCGCCACUUGUAGUGGGCCCCAGCGUGAAUAAACCUAUUUUAAUUCCCGUACGAGUCGAACCCAAAGUGUUCUUCGCUAACGAACGGACGUUCUUAUCGUGGCUGAACUUCACGGUCGUACUUGGUGCAUUCGCAGUCGGAUUAUAUAACUUUGGUGAUCGUAUCAGUCGUAUCUCUGCCGUGCUGUUUACUGUAACAGCCAUCAUCAUCAUGUUGUACUCGCUGUGUCGAUUUCACUUGCGCGCGUAUAAGAUUCGCAAACGGGAAGCUGCAGCGUACGACGACCGCAUUGGACCUACCACGCUGUGUGUGGCUCUGGCACUUGCCGUUGCAGCCAACUACUACUUACGGUUCUACAAUCAGUAGAGAUCCAAGGACAAGGGCACUGCGCUGUGUGUGGAUAUGACGUACAAUAGUGAGGGAAGCUGCUGAUAUUGUUUGUGAAACGUUUGAUCUGUCUGUCUAUCGGACGAAAGGACACAAGAGUACGGUCUUGGCUAUGACGUAAUGAAGUUCGACCAAAGGUGAAACCGAACUUGGAGGAUGCAUCAGACCGCAAUACACCUCGCUUCUACUACUCCUGAAUGAUCUUCCGAACUGUUUUGCGACACUUUUUGCUCCAUCGUUCAGGGCGGCAUAUGCUUCAACGAUUGGAAUAGGAGAAGAUACUGCACUUGCCAAAUUUGUGUGGAGUCAAAAGUAGAAAAUUUCGACAUGCAUAUUGUAGA